AUGAUGAGUUAUGUCUAUCGAUACGAUUCGCCAUUCCGAGGAGACGAGGACCACUACACUAGUGAGUUAAUUAAUGGAUUAAUGAACGAUUGCUUCUCUCAUUUAUUCGUUUUCUCACAAUCCAAUCGAUCUCCGGAUAUUGUUAUCUCUAUAGCAUCGAAUAAAAAGCGCCAAUUGAUCAAGAUUCAAGAGACAUCAGCCUUUGAAGCUGAAGAAGAGAGAAAAACUCAUCAUUUUAAAGAAAUGGCUACUAAUCCAUUUGCAAGGCCUCGAUCAUCGACAGACUAUCGUUUAAGGGCCAACGACUAUUUCAACAGACAUCUUCAAGAAUGUCAAGAUCGUAUUACUACUGAUUCAAGUGAGAACCAGAUUGUUGCAAAUAAAGACAUCAUACCCGAAUUAAAAGAUACCUAUCAUAGAUUGUAUAAUACUCAGUCAAUUUGGUAUCACCCUACCGUUAAUCGAGAAAAAGCUAUGGAAAUGCUAAGUCAAUUUCCAAAGGGAUACUUUAUUGUCAGAAAAUCGAGUAAGCUAAAGCAUCCCUGCUUAUCCGUGAAAGUUAGUGACAAAUCCGCAGAAGUUAAUCAUUACCUAAUUAAUUUCACAGAUAAAGGCUGCUAUAUUGAUGGAUCAAAUGUUGAGCCUUAUCCUAAUUUAGAGUAUUUAAUUGCUUUUUACUGCGAUUACAUUAACGCUGGAUUACCAUGCCAGCUGCAAUUACCGUUAGCAGUAAGAAAAGCAAAGAAUGAAGCAGAAUUAGCUACAUUUGCACUUAUGGGCGAAAAUUUCUGGACAUCAAGGUUCUGUGAAGCCAUACUGUAUGAGUCAGACACUAACUCUCCAACACCACCACCAAUACCUGAACCACCUGCUAGAGAACCACCAGUGAGCCUUGAUCUCCCUCCACAAGAUAGGGGCGAAAAAUCCAAAUAUAAAUCAAUUUACUUAGAUGUGUGCCUCGAUCACUGUAAUCUACCCGAUAAUUCCGUUGAGGAAAUUCAAGAAAAUCCACUUUACAUCGAUGUGAAGGAAUUAUCAGUCUCAUCAAAUAGCCCUAAAACUAUUUCUAGCCCAAAUCAUGAAGCAUCAACACCAGAUGACCAGAAAGGUAGGAGGAUACAGGCUCUGCAGUCGUGGCUAUCUGCCCCAAAAAUGUUCUUUGCACGUCGUAUUACUGCAAAUCCCAAUAAAAAGCUACUAAUUGGUAUCAACAAAACUUUAACGGACAAAAACAAGCAGUUUUAUGUUCAUAUUAGCAAAUUUAUUGAAAGAUAUAGAGCUGUGUUAACGGCUCCAGUAGCUACUAUUCAGGAAGAUCCCUUAUUAACAAUACGCAAGUUUAUGAAUUUUACGAAAGAGCGUUUCCAAAAUGCGCCACGGUCAGAAAUAUACGAUAUCAUUAUUUUUAAUGAUCAGAUGGACUUGGACACAGCUUUGGAAGGCUGUUUACAUGACAUUAUAACGAAACCUUUGAAAAAAUAUAUUCUUGACUAUUUAGAACGUAAAUAUGAAAGUAAUGGGUCUCUAAGAGCAUUGCAUAGAAAUAUGAACAUCGUUGCACGCUAUGGCCAUGAUGACCUACAACUGUCCAAGUCCGUAUCUCUGCCUGGUCGUAAAACUAUUGAACUAGCUCGCGUUUUUUUCGAUAAAAUGAUAGGUGAAUAUUCACCUAUUCUUAAAAUUAGUAAUUUGCACAACGUCAUCAUGCGCAUGAAACAAGAUAUCGAAAAUACACCUGGGGGUCGAAGAUACUUAUCAGCUGAUGAUUUUAUACCGUUACUAAUUUACAUCAUCGCCAAGCUUGGAAUGGAGAAAUUAUUGUUGGAAGCCGAUUACAUUGAAGGAUUGCUACCAAAAAAUUUACUUGAAAAUGGUGAGAGUGCUUAUUAUGCUACAGCUUUCAAAGCUGCGUUGCUGUAUCUUAAAGACGAAAUCCGCUAA